CUCCCUCCCUCUCUCAUGUGUAGACGUGUUUUGUGGCAGUGAUUUUCUGUCUACACCUGGGACACAGCCGCUGGUCUACGGGGCGGCUCAUGAGGGCAGCCGCACAAGCGCCGCACAGACAGAAAUGGCGGCAGGGCACCAACACGACGCAUCUCUUGUCAGCCAUGCAGAUGUCGCACUCAGUGCUCUCCUCCAGCCUGCACACACACAAGCCACCCAUUUGGCGAUCAUCUCUCAUACGUGUUGGUCGGAUCACAUACCUGUCCUUCUCCCGCUUGAUGGCAUCCCUCUCGACCCGCAUGGCCUCGAGCUGCUGCCGCAGCGUCUCCAACUCGCUCACCUCCUCACCACCACACCUGCAGACAGCCAGCGCGUACCGACAGACGCGGCCAAGGCUGGCUGAUGUCUGUGUUCCCAUUUCCCUCGGCUCCCUGUGCGUAAGUAAAUGCGUACCUGCCCUGACCACCGCCGCCCUCGUCGUCCGCCGCCCUCUGCAAACCGCUACUGCUACCGCUACUGAUGCCUGCCAACGGGGCAAAGCCAUGCCCAUCGGAGCCAACACCGCUGGAUGAUGACGAUGCGACACCUGUUGCACAGGCGGCAGAUGACGGACUGGCAGCCGACGAUGCCUUGGGGGUCGCUAUGCCAGCAAUGGGGAAUGACGGCUGCUGCAUCUCGUGCGGUGGUGGCAGGAUGGGCACGCCGAGGCCGCGACCCGCUCCACGACGCACUGGAGCAUCGCCAUAGCCGCCCGGUGCACCAUUGGUGGCCAUGUGGGAUGGGACUGGGGGAGCAGGGCGGGGUGGGCGAGGUGGCAGGUGAAAGGGGAGGGGCGGCGCAUUGCCGGGGUCGCCACGCACCGACGAGCGGGAUGAGGAGGGGCGAGUCGACUCGGACGAAGAAGGCAGCACUGAUGUGUUAGAUCUGCAUGAGCACACUCACACAGACACGAGUAGACAGCCAAUAUAAACGGUCGGUCUUGUUGCUUGUACCUGUCGUGUGGUAUGUCGGUUCUUUUUGUCUGCUGCUGCUGUGCCUCCCCGCCAGACGUUGGCUCGGUGCUGCCCUUGCCCUUCUUCCUACGACCGACCGUGACGAACCCGCCGCCCUCGACACCACCACCACCAUCAACCGCCCUCACCUGCUGCCCACUGCCGGCAGCCGCAGCCGCCGAUGCAGACGAGAAGGAUGAGCAUGAGGGUCGGGGAGGGGACGGGGGUGAGGGGCUGGCGGGGCCGGGCAGACCAUGAUGGUCUUCUGUGUCCUCCUCGUGCUCAUGCUCCUUGGGGUCCACGUCUAUGUUGUCAGCGCCAAUACUACGUGUAGGCCAACACACACACAUCAUCAGCGGUCCAUAUGAAUGGCCUCUUCUCCCGUCUGUCCAGCUCACCCACCUGGAUGACGAUGCCGUUUCAUUGGUGUCGGUCGUCUUGGUGGCGUUGGCCCCCCUGCCGCCCCUCUUGCCCUUCGAUCGCUUCUUGCCGCCCCUACUGCCGCUGCUGCUGCUGGUGUUGGUGUCCUUCUUGCCCUCAUCUAUGUGGUCAUCUGCCAGCUCGGCCGCCAGGAGUGAGUCGGCCCGCUCGUUGGCCGCACGCUCUAUCUCGUCAAAGAACUCCAACAACUGAAGACAACAUGCAGUCAAUGUGGCCUGCGAACAGCCAUGUGUGUGUGUCAUCUGAUGUGUGUCACCUCCUUGGGCACUAUCAGCUGCUGAUGUCCCUUGCGUCUCCCUGGCUGCCGUGCGGCCGCGCGCCUCGUCUUGACGGACUCGUGCUGGAGGAUGGCCUGGGUGACGCUGUUGGGACGGGAUUUGCCCCCUCGGCUGCUCACGUGAUCGCCAUAGCUGCACCGACAGACAGACAGACAGACAGACAGAAGUGGAGUUAGUUUUGUGGAUCGGGCAGGUCUGUAUGUCCGUGUGUGUGAGUGAGUGUGUACCUGACGAGAGCACUCAGAGAGCCGACUGCGACGUUCACGAAUCUAUCCACCUUCUGCUGGUCGACCUGGCCGCCCUUGAUCAGGCAGAACGCCAUCUCACAUAGGGCUGUGGGAAGACCGUCACGCACAGCGAUCUGCAGUACACACAUACAUGGCCGUCCUCCCUGCCGGCCUGUCUGUCUGCUUGCUUGCGCGUCUGACCCUUGCCCGUUCGUCAGUGAGGUCUGUGGCGGCCCCGACGAUCGACACAAGCGUGUCAGCGAAGUCGGCCAGACCUUGCGAUUCCGUGCUGAUGCGGGAGGGCAGCUGCGACAUGAUCGAGAUCCAUCCAGCGCGGCACAAGUCGUCAUGGUAGCCACACGCUGCAAGGAGGGAACAGAUAGCAACAUCUCUUGUGCUGCACCCUCCCCUCUUCACCGGUCAGCACAGACGGGACAUGCACAGAGAAUAAGAAAGAGGCAGUGCGGGCGUAGGCGGAGAUGGCGGUGUAGGCAUCCAGCGCCCCUGGUACCCCCAUGAAGCGCUGGGCGGGGCCGUUCGGCAGAGAUGCAAAAUGACCCAUACCUGCGCAUGAAUGGGUAGACAGACAGAUACGCGUAUCCACCCACGUGCGGCUAUGUUGUGUACCUACCGGUCGCUCGUGUGAACGCUUUGCCAAGGAAGAAGAUGUUCUCCACGGACCGGGCGGCACCGCGGCGCACGCCCUCGUCUGCGUCAGGAGACGUCAGCGUGGCGGCCAGUGUGUCGAUCUGACCACAUUAGCCAAGACAGACAUGUGUUUGUGCUGUGCGGUGUCUGUCUUGUUUGACAUCUACCAGGGGGCAUAUGUGCUUCUGCAGCGCCUUCAGACACUCAGCACGAUCGGAAUCCGACCCUGAAAGGGCACGUGCAGGGCAUUAGCCGCACAACUCAACUUCCAUUGUCGGUGUGCCUGAGCACCUUUGUCGCCCAAGCAGCGGAUGUAAUGGCAGCAGUGUGAAAGGAUCUCCUUUGCCAUAUUAUUGCUGACCCUAAAGAGCAAAGAGGAACGUGCACCAUAUCAAGGCUGUCUGUCUGCCUGCCUGCCUGCCUGCCUGUCCCAUUGCUUGCAUACUUUUCGUCCCGGAUUUCCUUCCUCUCAUGUGUCCUGAUGAGUACCGUCACUCGAAACAGGGCACCCAGAUGAACGUCGGCAUGGGAGCCCAUGGGAAGGCAGGCCAUGGGAUGUGACGCGGUGUGCAAAAUGCCGAUAUCAGGAAGGCCAUUGCCAUGGUGCCGCGCUCAUUGUCCUCAGCGAUCUUCUCCAGGGACUCGAUGGCUCUCUCGAAUACGCCAGGAUGUCGAUGCACCAAAUGGUCGCGGGUGUCGACCGCGUUGCCCUCGUGCCGGCCCUUGACCAUGGAGUCCGCCAGCAGCGCGAAGGCGGCAUUCUCUACGGUGAAGCUUGCUUGGUUCAGGUUGGCCUCGUCCAGCACCCGGGCGACAGAGCUGAUGAAUGUUUGGGGCGAGCCACCGACCGCCGAGAUGAGCUCCUUGGUGGUGUAGGGCAUCGGGCGACACUCGCCCAGAAGGUUCAGCACCUUGGCCGCCGACUCUUGGCGUCCCCUGUUGCCGCCAUCGAUGAACGACCCACACACCCGCCCCAGCAGACGCUCGCCGCACAGCCGCUCCGCCAGCUGCGCCACCCACCCCGGAGGCUCCUCCCCCUUUGGUAUAGCCGCCACCGCGCCCUGAGCUGCCCUUCCGAGUGUGCUGAGGCCAUCGGUGAGUGCGUCAUCGGACGGCUGAUGCGGUGACGAGAUUCUUCUGAUGGCCGCGUCGACGUCAGAGGGCCGGGGGGAGGCGCCAGGUGAGGCGCUGAUGCUGCCGUCACUCAUGACAGAAGCCGGGAUGGGUCAGUGCUAUCUCAGCGCCGUGAUGGAUGAAUGCACGAUGGCACCCCGCGAGAGUGAUCCAGUCAUAGGAACCGCUGGCAAGUGCGGAUGCUUCUUUUCCAUCUUUGCCUGCCCGCGUGCGCGAUGAGGCCGCAUCUAUGUAUUUUCU